AUGCUGGCCUAUUCACCGUUCAGCAUGCUGAUGAUAAGGAAUACUCCCUUUAAGCAUGGUCUAAAUUUAUUUAGGACGACUAUUCGUCGUCAUACAACACAGCUUCAAAUAUCCAGGCAGUUUUCUGGGUUAAAUCACCAUACUUUAUUCAGACACUCUAAUAAAUUAUUCAAUGAAAACCAACAGAAGAAGGACAAAGACGGAGAGAAUUCAAGUGAAAAUUCUAAGAAGGGAUCUGGUGGCUCAAACCCUAAUCCAAUUCCGCCAAAUUUCUUUAAAGAUUGGAUGCUUUAUUCUUUGGGAUUCACUUUUAUAUUCUCUCUGUUUAGUGCAAUGACAUCUAGUGAAAUGUCUAGGGAACUGACGUUUCAAGAAUUUCUUACUGGCUAUCUUGAAAGAGGUUUGGUCCAAAAAAUUGAAGUUAUCAAUAAUUCAUUUGCUAGAGCAGAGUUAAUUUCCUCGGAAAAUCCGAGAUAUGUAACCUUUACUAUUGGGUCAUUAGAGUUUUUUGAAUCUGAAAUAGACAAGGUGCAAGAGAAGUUAGAGAUUCCCUUAAGCGAACGUAUUCCUGUCACAUAUGAAAAAAGAACUAGUAUUAUCUCUUACAUCAUACCAUUCAUUCCAACUUUUAUUCUCAUUGGUGGUACCUUUUAUUUGCUCAACCAGCUCAGGAAAAAGAGAGGUGGAAGUGGUGGCCCAUUGGAUCAAAUUAUGAAUGUUGGUAAGUCCAAGGCUAAACUAUUCAACCAAGAGACUGACAUCAAGGUCAAGUUUGCUGAUGUUGCAGGUUGUGAUGAAGCAAAGGAAGAAAUCAUGGAAUUUGUCAGCUUUUUAAAGAAUCCCUCUAAGUAUGAGCGUUUAGGUGCAAAGAUCCCAAGAGGUGCCAUCUUGUCAGGUCCUCCUGGUACCGGUAAAACUUUGCUAGCGAAGGCUACAGCAGGUGAGGCCGGUGUUCCAUUUUUAUCCGUCUCUGGUUCUGAGUUUGUUGAAAUGUUUGUUGGUGUUGGUGCGUCUCGUGUUCGUGAUUUGUUUAAAACAGCUAGGAAGAUGGCUCCUUGUAUUAUAUUUGUUGAUGAAAUCGAUGCAAUUGGAAGUGCAAGAGAAAAGAAUCAAAUGAGAGCCAAUGACGAAAAGGAAGCUACUCUUAACCAACUUUUAGUUGAAAUGGAUGGCUUUAGCUCUACUGACCAUGUUGUCAUUCUAGCAGGUACCAACAGACCAGAUAUGUUGGAUAAAGCUUUAAUGAGACCAGGUAGAUUUGAUAGACAUAUCAAUCUUGAUAAUCCUGAUUUAGAAGGUAGAAAGGCAAUUUAUAAGGUUCAUCUUGGUCCUUUGAAACUAAAGAGUGAAAUCACCGAUGAAUUUGCUGGUAAACUAGCUGCUUUAACUCCUGGUUUUUCUGGUGCAGAUAUUGCUAACUGUUGUAAUGAAGCUGCUUUGAUUGCUGCGAGAGAAGAUGCUGAUUGUGUCGAAAUCAAACAUUUUGAAGCUGCAAUUGAAAGAGUCAUUGUUGGUUUAGAACAAAAGAGUAGAGUUUUAUCACCUGAGGAGAAGAAAACCGUUGCUUACCAUGAAGCUGGCCAUGCUAUCUGUGGUUGGUAUUUGAAGUAUGCUGAUCCUUUGCUGAAGGUUAGUAUAAUUCCAAGGGGACAAGCCGCUUUAGGUUAUGCUCAGUACUUGCCAGAUGACCAAUAUCUAACAAGUGAAGAGCAAUUUAAGCAUCGUAUGAUAAUGGCCCUAGGAGGCAGAGUUUCAGAAGAGUUGAAUUUUCCAGAUGUUACUACUGGAGCCGCAGAUGAUCUCCAGAAAGUCACCAAAAUGGCAAAUGCGAUGGUAUUGAAACUGGGUAUGUCCAAGAAACUAGGCACUGUUGUUUUUGAACCAAAGGAUACCAAUAUGCAAGUUCAUAAGCCGUAUAGUGAAGAAACUUGGGAAAUUAUAGAUGCUGAGGUCCAUAGAAUAAUAGACGAAGCUCAUAGUAGAUGUAAAAAACUUUUAACUGCCAAAUUAGAUGAAGUUGAAAAAGUUGCUCAAGAGUUGCUGUCUAAGGAAGUUAUUACUAGAGAGGAUAUGAUCAGAUUACUUGGCCCUAGACCAUUUGAAGAGAAAAACGAAGCUUUUAAAAAGUACUUGGACCCCCAAGAAAACUGA